AUGGGCGCCGGCGCCAGUGCAUCUACGAUAGCAUGGGAGCCGUCGUGCCUCACGCCAUCCGCGGCCGAGCUCGUGCGCGCCAUCAAAACGGGCGAGAAGAGAUGCGUUGACGUCGUCACGGCUGCGCUGGAGCGCAUCGACCUCGUGGAAGGGAACAACCUCAGGGCCUGCGUCGAGGUGCUCAGGGAGUCGGCUCUGGCCCAGGCCGCGGCCGUCGACGCAAAGGUCAAAGCCGGCGGCGACCUGGGCGCGCUCGAGGGGCUGCCCGUCGUGAUCAAGGUCAACAUAGACGUCGCGGGCACGCUGUCGACGGCGAGCACGCCGGGCCUCGCGGAAUGGCGGCCGGCGACGUCCGCGCCCUGCGUCGAGAAGCUCCUCGCGGCGGGCGCGAUCCCGAUCGCGAAGACGAACAUGCCGGAGAUGGCCGUCGGCUUCACGGGCCAGUCGCCCGUCCACGGCACGUGCCUGAACCCGCGGAACACGGCCUACAACUGCGGCGGCUCCUCGUCGGGCACCGCGGCGGCGGUCGCCGCGGGCGUGGCGGCCUGCGGGCUCGGGUCCGACACCGGCGGUUCGCUGCGCGGCCCGGCGGCGCUCUGCGGCGUCGUCGGCUUCCGGCCGUCGCGCUGGCCCGGGGCCGGCGUCGUGCCCAUCUCGGCGCUCCGCGACACGCCCGGGCCCAUGGGCGCGACCGUGGCGGACGUGGCGCUGCUGGACGCCGUCGUCAACGGCGAGGCGCCCGUCGCGGCGCCCGACGGCCUCGCCGGCGUCACGUUCGGCGUCCCCCGAGACUGGCUCGCGGCCAAGGGCGAGUGCUGCGACGCGGCGACGCGCGCGCUCGAGGCCGCCGCGGCGGCUCUCGCGAGCGCGGGCGCGGCCGUCGAGGACGUCGAGGGCUUCCACGACGUGACGCGCGCCGACGCGGACCGCUGGCCGUUGCCCUUCCUGCCCGUGCCGCCGGAGAACUGCCGCGCGGAUCUCCAGGCGUACCUCGACGGCCACGCGGGAAUUUGCCCGCUGAAGACCGUCGCGGACGUGCAGGCCGAGAUGGCCUCGGACUUCAUCAGGGCGACGUACGACCCCGUCGAGGGCGACGACCUCCCGGCGAAGUUCGCCGCGCGCGACGAGGGCGUGGCGAAGCUCGACGGCGCCUACCGCGCCUUCUUCGAAGCCAGGGGCAUCCGCGCGCUGAUCCUGCCGACCUUCGUCGGGCCCCCCGGCCGCGUCGACGUCGAGGGCUACGCCGGCAAGGCCCUCGGCAACGAGUACGCGCUCUUGUUUCACCUGAACGAACUCCGCGUCCCGUCGCUCUGCCUCCCGAUUCCGUCGGUCGCGCACGGCGACACCGGCAUCCCCGCGUCCGUCCUCCUCUACGGCGUCGACGACCGGGAGCUCCUCGGGCUGGCCCUCGCCCUCGAGACCGCGCUCCGCGCUUGA